UGCCGACACGUGCAUUUCUUACAAGGCAUUCCUGAUAAAGCCCUUAUUGGUCACGUGAUCAAAACGAUACCAGUGGAGACAGAUGACCAUUGUGAGAUUGCUUGUUACCGCGACCUCAUGUGUCUCUCCUAUAACAUAGCACCCAAACAGGCUCAUGGACAUCAAUGUGAGCUCAGCAAAUCGGAUCACAUCCGAGACCCUGCUGAUUUAGUUCCUAUGGCAGGGUACAUGUACAGACCAACUGAGGUAUACAAUGUAAUGGGCCAUUUCUGAGUUCCAAAACACCUUACCCUCAGAAUGAUACUAAAUUAGCAAAGCUUUUGUCGUGAGAAUGAAGUUUAUUUACAUUAGGAGAAAAUAUGAUUUCCGCUUAAAUGUUUCGAACGAUAAUAGCCUCGUUUCAGAACAAUGUUGGAGAGUAGGAGAAUGGAGACUAAUGUUGACUGAAAAUCUAACUUUACAACUUCAAUUUUGAAAAUGAAGUCUCAUCAGUUUUAAUUUAUGUAAAAUAAAUAUGCCGUGUAGCUACCUUAAAAAAACGAAAUUGCAUAGGGUUUUUACUAAAUUCAGGGAACAAAUUUAUCCCCUUUGGCAAGAUUCUAGUCAGUUAGCAGGUGUCAUCGAUAAGUUUGCGAAAUCUUUGCUGAUGUAUUUAACAAACAAUAUAUAUCUUUUUGGUCUUUUGGGAUUAAAUGCGACAUACUGUAAUUUCUCUGUAUCGGGCACACUCAGUUAACACUUAUUUUUUCCCGGAAUUACGCCGUUAUUUGACUCUCCAAAGUUUUGCCCACUUCAUUUUCAAGUUUUGGCGACUGUUCAUGAUUUCCCUGCCAGAAUAACGGGACCAAUUUUUCAUUUAUUUCUUGGUUAGAGUCGUUGUUCGUCAAGUCCUUGCCCUGAUAACGCCACAUGUGUUUCCCUCACGGAGACAACUUUCCAGUGUCUGUGUCCACCAGGAUUUACCGGGAACAGCUGUGAAACGGGUAUGUUAAGCAAACCAAGCAAUUUAAUGUCACCUCGUGAAUUAAGACGCGAUUGUUUUUAGUUUUGCAUUUGAUUGUAUGAAUUGAUUGAGAGGAUAGAGCAAGAAUUCAUGACCAAUCAACGAGGUAAAGAAAAUUCAAAGCAACUCAGGAUCACUUUCGAUGCUUGACCUAACUGACCUCCCUGAGCUGAUUGUCCCCGUCACUCAUUUGAAAGUCGCUCUUUGCUGCAGACAUAGACGAGUGUGAAACUAACCAGUUCAACUGCCCGGUGAACGGGGAGUGCGUUAACACUGCGGGCUCAUAUGUAUGCAGUUGUGUCAGCGGUAUGAUCGAUGGCGUAGGAGUCUGCCAGCUUAUGACAGGUAAGCUAGUGGGAAACGUCGGCGAGAUAGUAUGAUGCCUUAAGCAACGCGAGCCGGCGGGAGGUCUGUAAGGGACUUCAUUUUUAACGUAAUACAAGCUACAACCUGAGGGACUCCGAGAAGAAACUUGCCACUAACGAAUUCAUUUUAAAAAAGUUUUAGUUAUAAAGGCCCCACGUCAUGGAAUAGCCAUCCUUGCGAGGCUGGGUGUGCGGAAUCCCUCGGGUCGUUCAAACGAGAAAUCAAUAAAGCUCUCUAAUGCUCGGUGAUAUAUUGUAAUUAGUACAAUUAAUAGUUAACAGCUUUUAAUCCUUUGUAAAUAGCUGGUAGAUUGCCCGUGAUUACAUAAAUUUUAAUGACAAUAAUAACACUGAUAAUGUCAGACCUCCGGCUAACUUCAUCCCGACUCGUUUCAAAUCUUCCCAUGGGCGGAGAAAAGCGUGUCCUAUAUCGCUAAUAACGAGGCCUGGUAUCUAACUUUUUUUUUUCUCUCUCUCUCUUUGAAAGGAACAGAUUGCAAGGAGAUCAAGACCACAUUCCCGAGUGCUCCAGAUGGGAUGUACGAAAUACAACCGAACAUCGGGAACAGCAAAUUCUGGGCGUAUUGUGAUAUGACGUCAUUUGGAGGAGGAUGGACGAUGUGUUACUCUACUGACGAUCUUGCUGACCCUAAAUCAGAAGUGACCUAUGACGAGAAUUAUCCCUAUGGCACAGAUGGUUACCGAACUGACUGCAAUAAUGUUCAGGUGAUUAAGAGAAGGUUGAGGUGCAAGAGUUUAAUUUUGAGGAAUAACGAUGUUUGGCAAAUCCUGGCAUAUGUGUUUGUCAUAUUUCAGGCGCCAUAAUGAGUAAUCAGCCUGAUAAAUAGCUUAUAAACACUCUCUUGCCCUGAUUUUACUUUAUCCUGAUGUUAUAAUUUUCUGGAAAUAUUUUAUAUUUUCACUGGGUGUUUUAUCGUUUUUAUUCUAUAUUCAGGUUUUAACCCACUCUGUAUCCUACUGUAGAUGAGGACUGUCAGUGAUCCCCGCUGGAAUGCCAAAUUUACUACAAGAAUUUCAGUACCCUCUGUACUGUGCUUCAUUUGGUCUGGCAAUCAUAAUUUGAACAUGUGUCACUGUUUCUUAAAUUUGAUGACCACAUUUUCAAAAUUAGAGACCGUUUUUUUUUGGAAUGCUAAACUAUUUCUUAUCACCAGAAUGGUGCUUUUUUCAUCAAGUUUCAGUCCGAAGAUUCUUAAUCUAUUUGUUCUUGCUCUCUUAACCUAGUCAUCUUAUUCGACACGACAGUCUUUUCCUGUCUGUUUUUUCUUUUUUUUUGCUUGCAGUUUCGGGAAAUUCUCUUUGUGGAUGAGACCAUGAAUGAAAAGGCUUUCUUUACCUAUAAACUUCAUUCCAGUCUCGUCGCAGAGGGAAAUUACCAGACACAAAUCUCCGGCCUGUGGCUAGGUGGAGGUGUAGCUACCACAAGUCAUGAGUACCAGCUUCUUAUCUGUGACCACAGCUUCUACUCUGGCUUUUUCAUAUCCGGUUAUACAAACUGUUAUAAGAGGUGCAAUAGUUGGUGUGAUGAUACACACACCCCUUACUUCCGGUCAGCGUCCACUCAUUCAGGUUAUGCUGGAGUCGCCUUUAACGUCAAUGGACAUCGGCCGCGAAGCAGCAGACUGAUUAGUGUUGGACUGAGAUAA